CCCCAGUCCUCUCAGAUCUCCGGUGUCAUGUCUCUCGCCCAGCAGUCACAGACUUGGUUCCCCACACACGUCCAGGUCACCGUCCUCCAAGCCAAAGGCCUGAGAGGAAAGGGGAAGGCCGGCACCAAUGACGCCUACUCCAUCAUCCAGCUGGGGAAGGAGAAGUACUCCACCUCGGUGGCGGAGAAGAGCGCGGCCCCGGUAUGGAAGGAAGAGGCCACCUUCGAGGUCCCGCUCCUCCACAACGACAACCAGGAGCGCUGCACCGUACGCGUCAUCGUCAUGCACCGGGCCCUGGUCGGGAUGGACAAAUUCCUGGGACAGAUAGACCUCAACCUGUGGGAGCUCCACCAGGCCCGGAACCGGAGGAAAGUCCAAUGGUAUCCCCUGAGAUCGAAGCCGGGGAAGAAAGAGAAGGAUCGCGGUCAGGUGGAGGUGGAGGUCCAGUUCAUGAGGAAUAACAUGACGGCCAGUAUGUUUGACCUUUCCAUGAAGGAGAAAUCUCGCUCGCCAUUCGGCAAGCUGAAGGACAAGAUCAAAGGAAAGCGGCAGGACGGUUUACCGGACACGGCUUCCGCCAUUGUCCCCAGCAUGAACCAGUACAGCGACGAGAGCGACUCGGAGAUGCCCGAGGCGGAGAAGAAGAAAUCCAAGCUGAAGACUUUGUUCUCCUCCAAGCCGGGACUGAAGAAGAACAACGCCCUAUCUCAGUCCAUGUCUGUCCUUCCAACGCUUCCACCAUCCCCCUCCCAGAGAACCGUACUGAAGCCUGGCGACUUCUCCUCCGACUUCAACCGAGCGUCCGGAUCCCCCGUGUCUGAGAGACGAUUUCCUCACAUUCCAAUAAUCGCUCACAAAAGAACGGCCAGCGCCGACACCAAGCAGUGGAAUCAGAUCACAUCCGGCAACAAGAAGGAAGGGCUGUCUCUCUUCAGUGGCUUGAGGUCCAAGAACGAUCCGAUCACUCGAUCCAACCUGUGCAUCAAUGGAAAUCACGUGUACAGGGAGGAGACGGAACCCAAAAGCGACAGUUCCAAGGAAAGUUCUGUCACCAACUCUCCGCAGUUCAUCCGGAAAAGUCCACACUAUGCUUCAGCCGAUAACCUGGACAUCAAUCCACCCAAGGAGACCGGAAAUCCACCCAAUGAGACCAGGAAUCCACCCAAUGAGAAGGGCGUGACGUCUUCCACUUCUUCCCUCAAGUCUUCUGAGGAGCCGGCAACCCAAACCCCUCAGGCUGAGGAGCCGAGACCUAAAACCCCUCCUCCGACCUCCGACCUUCCAAAAGAAGAAAAGAAGGAAAUUAAAAAACAGGAAAACAAGAAGUCUUCCUUGUUGUCGUUGGUUACCGGGAGAAAGGAAACCCCCAAACCGGUAGAGGCCGAGCCGUCCGCUGUCCCUGCGAAGAGAGAAGCGCCCAAACCACCUACUGGGCAGCGCCCUGCGGAAGAGACCGGCAAGAAGAGCGCGCUGAACCCCUUCCAGGAGGAUCUGGUGGAGAAGAAACCCGAACUUCUACCGAGUGCGAAAACCUCCGCCGUCAAACCCAGACUGGACGUGUCUUCAGAGGCUGAACCCAAAGCCAGGCUUUCUUCUGAGUCUUUAUCUGAUAAUACUUUUUUCGCUGCUUCUUUCUCUGGUGGGCAGAUCACUUCUUCUCCGAAUGCGUCCAGCGGUGCUUACACUCCUCACUCCCUUGAUAAAACUGUGAAGACUGACCUCACAAACGAGGAAUCUACGGGCUCUUCUGAGAACGGGAAGCCUUCUCUACCUUUGUUUUGGAGAUCUGGCAACUCCUCUUCAAACAAACCUCCAGAACCUAAAGAGGUCAACGUUGUCGCCCCGUUUGGUGAAAAAAGCAAAGGAAAGAAAACGUAUGUAAAGUCCCUUCUUGAGCAGAUCACAGGCAAGCCAACCAGUAAAGACGAAGAGAAUGUUGUGGAUGAAGAACUUGUGAAAGGUAUAUUUCCUGUACAUCAGAGCUUAUCCGUCGAAGAGGAUCCUGAAUUUUUUCCAGAAAAUAACCUUCGCGCAGGAGAACGGGGUGAUGGCCAUCAAAAUGAAGACGUGGCGGCUAAGAUCGAUCAAGCUAUAAUACCUGAAGAAAGUAAGGACAAACCUAGUGCUGCUGUUAAAGAUGUGCCAAAGCCACCACCAAGAGUGCAGCUUACUUCCAAUAAAGAAAAACCUGAAGAAAAGCAAGCAGUACCAAAACCGGCACCUAGAAGUGGAAAAGUAAAUAAAGCUUCAGAAUCCACUACGUCUACACCAGAUCCUCAGCCUAUGGAGAGAUCCAUGCCUGAAUCCAUCAUAGAACAUGCUGCUCGUGCUGGGGCUACUCCAGUGGAUAGCCGUAUUAAUUCGGGAUCCAUUGGCGCCAACCUAAAAAUGGCCAGUCCGGUGAUUGAAGAAUAUAAUUACAGACUUUCCGUCAUUCCGGAAAAUCCAGAAGUGGCUUCCGAUGAUGAGCUGCUAGAUGCUAAAGAUCAACAAUCUGGUAUCAAAGCACAAAAAGAGGUUGGCUCUGCAAAACAGAUAAACGAAGAAUCCUUGUAUUCCUCGAAGGACUCAAAGGGGAAGCCCUCUGACGUUACAAAUAGUGAAGUGAAAGCUGAAGUGGAGAUAAGUGAUUCGGCCCACCAACCUCCAUCUGAAAUUCCUGCUUCCAACACCUAUUCUAGUUCUUCAUCCAAUUCUGUUUCUCUUCCAAAUGACAAAACUAACCCCUCCAGCACAGAAUCCCCAGCAAACCCAACCACUGAUGAUUCUGAUAAGGAAAGCACUGGCAAGAAGAAGCUACUGCGGGCGUGGGUUUCACCCUCUGAGACACAUCCAAUCCCUACAGUGCAGAGCGGUGGAGCAGUGUCUUCCAGACAAAG